GGCAGGAUGGCGGAGAAAAGAUGCCUGCUUCACAAGUGUCAAAGAUGGUCGGCUCACUAUGGGUUGCUUCGACUCGGUAAAGCAUUGGGAUCAUAUUGCGUUAUGUUUCGCCAAACCCGACACUGAAACAGGUUGCUCAUACGAUAAAAUGACGCGCCUCGGCUUUGACAAUUGGGGGACAGGAUUUUGCUGUUGUCGAAGUGAAAAGUGCAACCAACUACCACCUGAAUGGCUUGCUCUUUCAUCUUGGCGCCUUAGAUGGAGAAUUUGUUCAAACUUUUUGAUAAUGGCCACUGUCUUCUCGUUUGCUUUCUAUGGAUAUGGACUAUUGGAGUCACAGAGCAGAAAAACACUAGGCAAGAAGAAAAAGCGCAAAAGAAAGAGUGAAAAAAGCAACCGAAAACAGCAAAAAAGUGACAAAUCCAAGAAAGUUUCUAAUAGUAGUCGAAAAAGUGAAAGAAGCCAAAAAAGUCCACGUAAGAAGAAGGGUUCACAAAAGAAGAGAAAUUAAUAUUUAAAAGGUGCCGCUUAAUUGUGCAAAGAAAUACGAAAGAACAACUCUCAAAGACAGAC